UUUUUUUUCACUCGAUCAUGAAGCCGUUUUCACUUGACAGUUACGUGACUGUAUUAAUUUUUGCAUUAAAUGGUUUGAAUUUCUUUCACAUCAGUGCGCGCGCGUCUGACUCCUAGUAAACCGAAAAUGGAUGCGCGACCCAGCAUCAAUGUGGUGAAUAAACCAUUCUUUCUCGACUGUGUUGGCUGGUCAGAGGAUAACAAUCUAGUCGUCUGUCUGGAGAACAACAUUUAUCUUUUGACCCCGAUUCUGGUCAGCGUAUCGUCCGAUGUGGAUCCUUACGAUCACGUCAGUCUUGAGCCCGUGGAGGAAGCCAAAGACGACUUUGACGAAAUGAGUGUCGUCGAUAGACCCCUUCAACCAGCUUAUGCUCUUCCUGAAUCUUACCGAUGCGCUGUUUGGUCUCCCACCGGCCUCACAUCCACUCAAGGCUGUUUUUUGACCGUCGUGACCACAAAGCAUCGCGUGUUUCUUUAUAAUCGGGCGGAGAAAGACCCAAAAAUGGAUUGGACACUCGCAAUUGAUAUGACAUCCAUGAUCCGGAAAAUUGCCUUGGAUGGAGCACGUAAAUUUUCAACUGUCCAUGAGAUCGACCGUUUUCAAACGUUAUAUGCAGCGUGGUCAUCCCGUAUCAUUGGGGAUUCUUUGGCUGAAAAGCCAGCAUUGCUCGCUCUCAGCAAUAAAGUGGGUGAAAUCAAUAUCUGGAGUUUCGCAAAGCAUAAGGGCAUUCGUCACGGAAUCACUCUUCAGCCUCACCGGUCGUUUGUCAAUCUCUUGCGUUGGACUGACUGGCAUAAAAACAAUCAUCAAUACACCGCUUAUCUUUUAUCCACUUGCAGCGAUGGCACUGUGGCUUUGUCCUCCGUGACGGUGACAAUUGCAAUCAAAGAGCAAGAAACCCGUGUGUCGUCUGUUAAAGCCAAAACGCUUAAAACUUGGUUUGAACAUGAUAAUGUAGUCCCUACUCUCGUAAGAACAUGGGAUGAUUUCAGUCACAGUCAGACGAUCAAACUAGUGGUAGCCAAAAGUAUUACCGUUUAUGCUGCUACCAUUCAGGUGAACGGAGACAAGGUGACCAUGCAAGAUGAAUGGACCAACUAUCCAUUACAGUAUUCCGCUAUGGGGCUCUCAGGAGCGAACUGGUCGUUAGACGGCGAAUUUAUGCGGGUAUAUACAUUUGAAGGUGAAUGUGUCGUGCUCACCCUUCGUGGCGGUCAGUUGGUUUAUCUGGAAGACGACUCGAGCAUGGUGAACCGUAAGCUGCUACAAAAAUAUAACCAACAAUGGACGGAAGAGCAGACGGAUAUCGAAGAAGGCAACCUGUUCCCUCCGAGUGAGGUGAUGCCGAUCUUGUGGGGCACAGCCGUCUCUUCCCGAGAACUGUACACCGCCAUCUUAUUCUCGUUGAGACCGAAUGCAGAUGUCACGUAUCGAGGCGAAACAACGAUGCAAACCUCGCUGGCUUUUAUUAUGCAUGCUGAACCAAACAGUGAAUCGACUCUCAACUCUCUAAGUGAAAGUAUCAACCAAUUGAUUCAGAAACCGGAAUUUCUGUUCACACAGUCGAUCCAAAGUCUAUUAUAUGAACAUCUAGAGUAUUUGACCAAGGAUGAUGAUCCAAAGUCCAUCAUUUCGUGGUUAUCCGUCUUUGAGCGGAUCAUGGAGCAAGACGUGACACAGAACAGCAAGCAGCAGUCUUUACAUGAACGAUUGUAUGACAAUAUGCAAGCAUGCGCAGCGCGCAUGUUGCUUUACAUUCACUUUGCACUCAAAUUUUAUGAACUACCAAUCGAGGCAGCCACGUAUCUAAAGAACAUUUGCGACAAAGCUCAAAAGCUGGCUUGGGGAAAUUAUCUGACCGCCAUAUUACAAUAUCUAUUGGACAUGUCGGAUGCGGAAUUUCAAUCGUAUCAUGAUGACGAUAUCAUGGUCAUGCUACUCCUUUGUGAUCGAGCAUUGCGUCAAAUUGACGCCCCUCGACAUCUUGUCGAGUUAAGCAAAGAUGUCUAUGAGCGAAUUGGCCGCGUGUUCCCAUCAUCCAGUGUUUAUACCUCGCUGGAUACUGAACUGGAUCGUGCGAUGGCAUUAUUGGGCGGAAAGGAAACCACGCUAUUCGCAUUGGUUCCACGCGAGAAAUGCCCCGUUUGCGAAGAACUGAUUUCGCCAUCCGAUCAAUCUUUAGCGAUAUGCCAAGCUGGUCAUUUCUGGGAACAAUGCAGCAUGACGUUGCGGGUACUGGCUACCCCCAAUAUCCGAAAGUGUGCGACGUGUGGAGCAAAGAGUUUGAAACCCGAAUUGUAUCCGAGUGCCGAAAAUGUAUUGUCUGCGGAAUGGGUCUCUUAGACGUGAAUGUCAUACGAUAGCGUGAAACCACAGAUGUGGUAAAAAAAGCCCAUGGAUAAGAUAUAAAGAUGCUUUUUAUAAAUUGUAUAUAAUCACAAAUACACACAUACAGACACACAUGGAAACGAAUAUUCUAUU